GGGACGGACCCCCUAUUCGCUUAAGCAGAAUAUGCACGUAUCCAACAAUCUCCCUACGUCCGAAACCAUCCCCUCAUCAGUCAUCAGUCAUCAGUCAUCACGAAUACUCGGUACAAGCUGGUUCACACUCAUGUGUGUCUUAUUCAAACGUCUCACUUUAUCUCACACUGUCUUAGUUACUCGUCCCUUUUUAUAAGAGGGAGAGAACGAAAAAAAGAGAUCUCCUUUUCAAGAUCGUGCUAUUCCUGGCAUGUUGCCCAGUACUUAUAGAACCCUCCUCCUCCCACGAAUCCGACCAACUCUUCUUGCAUCAUCCUCGACGUCACUCACAAAGCGCCUUGAGCAGGGUCCCUUCAGAUCAAACAGAAGCAUGGCGACCAAUUCGAGCAAUGCGCACCAGUUGCGUCUCAAAAACCCGACCAUCUUCAUCUGCGACAUGCAAGAAAAGUUCCAGGCCGCCAUUCACGAAUUUGACAAGAUCGUCCUCACCACACAGAAGCUCCUCGCCUUCUCCAAGGCCUUCUCCAUCCCCGUCACAACGACCACCCAGACGGCGGCCAAGCUCGGACCCACCAUCUCUGUCCUGGCCGAGCAGCUUCCAAGCGCGCCGCACGACAAGACCAAGUUCUCCAUGGCCAUACCCAGCGUACUCGACUCCCUGCCCGCCGUGUCGAGCAUCGCCCUCGUCGGGAUCGAGAGCCACAUCUGCAUCACUCAGACGGCCCUGGACCUGCGCGACUUGGGCCACAGGGUCUAUGUCAUCGCCGACGCCGUGAGCAGCUGCAACAAGGGCGAGGUCGUCGUUGCGCUCGACAGGCUCCGGGCGGAGAGGGGCGUCACCGUCACCACCAGCGAGAGCUGGAUGUAUGAGUGUGUGGGCGAUGCGUCCCACGCUGGCUUCAAGGGGCUCAUUGGCGUCGUCAAGGGGGCGGCUGGUGAUACGCGGACUGCUCUUGGGGCGCUACCCCCCAAGAUCUAAUAGACUAGGCUAGCCUUCGUCUGGGUCAACUGGGUCUGGUCAUAAGCAUACACAAGAAUAAUAU